AUGGCCAGUCUGUCCCGCUUAAGAGUCCUAACUAGCAUCUACCCCCUACAUGAAGCCCCACUGCUUAAGAGCCUCCAGGGGAGGUGGUGGGCUGGCUGGUGUGGCCUCAAACCCUUCAGCCAGAGAGAGCAUUGGCAGCUGCUGGAAGAUAUCAGGGCUUAUUUCGGGGAGGCGGUGGCCCUCUACUUUGGGUUUGAGGGUUCGCUGGUCAAUGCUCUCCUCCUGAAAUCCACGUUGUCCAUGUUUCUCUCCUUCUACCCCCUCAGGCUGGGGAACAACCUGGUCUUUUUCACCCUCUCCAGUGUAGUGUGGUCAGAGCUGUUCCUGCAGGGCUGGAGGGAGAAGAGCAAAGCCCUGCAGAGGGACUGGGGGACUGUGGUCACUCAUCCGUCACACAGUCACUCAUCAACAGCAGCAGCGGUGCCCAGGGUGGCACAGGGCACAGCACCACCACAGCCCCAGAUCGAUGCCCACCCUUUUGGAAAGAUGAGCUUGAGGAGACUGCAACACUCUGUUGCCUUCCUAACCUGCACCCUCUGCCUCUCCUCCAUCCCAAUCCUGAUGUAUUUACACCUAGAUGGACUAGUGGGGGACUUCCUCCUGAGAGAAGAGCUCAGUUUCCUCUUUCACAACAUCCUUGUCUACCUCCCCAAAAUCGCCCUCACGGUUGCCAUGGCAGGGAUGGACUGUGUUGCAUUCCAACUGUCCCACGGCCUCAGCCCUGAUCCCGAGCCGCCAGGGCAUCAGUCACCAAGGCAACAGCCCCUGCUCCCUGAGGUUAUCCUCUCCUGCCUCUUCAACCACUUUUCCAUCCACCUCUACAGGGCUCUGGUCCUGUAUGACCUCACCAUGGUGCGCUUCCACCUAUCUGUGCAGCUGGCCACCCACCUGGUCAUUAAGCUGCUGUCCGCCACGCUAUUGCGCCGCCUGAGGAGGAUGAGGAUGCCCCCUGGCCGCGCCCACCAGGAACAUCAGUCUCCCGUCCUUAGACAGAUCACAGAGCAGAGCAACAGACCACUGUGUGACACCCAGACCUGGAGCUACCUGGAGCUCCUCAUCUCCUACUGCCACGUCAUGUUCUUCUCAGGCAUCUACCCCCAGUGUGCCCUCUGGUGCCUGUUGACCAUCAUAGCUAAAUCCUGCAUGGACUUGUGGCACCUGUGUUCAGGUGCACGCCGCCCCUUCCCCAGAACAUCCCCCGGGGGUAACGUUUUGUGGCAGCGGGUCUUCUGUGGCUUUGAGGCCCUGGCUGUCCUGCUCAACUCCCUCCUGCUGUGGUCCUCUCUGGAGUUCAGGCUUCUCUUCCUGAGUUAUACUGGGUGGGAAAUGCUCAGGGCCUUCGUCCUGCUGCAGCUGUCGCUGCUGAGCCUGAGAGGGGCGGUCACCUUCCUGCUCCUCCACCUGGCCUGGUUUGUUGGCAGAAAGGCAGAGCGGCCUGAGACUCGCCAACCCCACCUCCACAGGCUCCAUCGCCACCAGCACCAUCAACAGCAGCACUCUCACAUACUGUAG